UUUUUUUUUUGGCAAUUGGCAAUUAGGGACUGAUCGGCACAUACACCUUGUUGCAACUCGCCGUCUUGCUCUACUGGACAGUUGGCCCUCUCCCGACUCUGACCUGGCAGAUCGCCGCCGCCGUGCUUGUGUUCGUGGACGGCCUCCUGCUGCUGUUUGUGUCGCAUGCCGAGCACACCCGCUCGGUGAAGCCGUCGACUCUGAUCAAUGUCUAUCUGCUGCUCUCCCUGCUCUUCGACUGUGCCAUCGCCAGAACGGCAUGGCUUGUCUACAAUGCAGACGCCGUCGCCAAGCUGUACACUUCGUCGGCCGCCAUCAAGCUCCUUGUCUUGGCCGCCGAAGCGUGGGAGAAGAGGGCCAUUCUUCUCGAUCGGUACCAGCAUCUCUCGCCGGAGACGACCAGCGGCAUCCUGGCUCGGAGCGUCUUUUGGUGGAUCAACCCUCUGAUGAAAGCCGGGUUUGGCCACUGUUUGACCGAUCAGGAUCUAUACCCGAUUCAUGAUGCCAUGGCAGCAGGAAGCUUGCUUCCGAAAGCACAAAAUUCAUGGGCAUCAGUCAACCAACCCAAAAAGAAUUCUCUCUUCUGGUCGACAUUGUGGGCCACCAGAUACGCCUUUGGCUCCGGCAUGCUGGCUCGCCUCUGUUUGAUAGGUUUCAGAUACGCACAACCAUUCCUUAUCCAUCGCACAACAAAUUUCACUGCUUCUCUGGAACAACCGGACGAGGUCGGCUGGGGCUUAACCGGAGCAUGGCUCUUGGUUUUCCUCGGUUUGGCGGUCUCCAAUGGGUUCUACUACCACAUGACGUAUCGGUUCGUAACGUCAGUAAGAGGUAGUCUGUGCGGCUUGAUUUACGGCAAGACGCUCGAACUUAGUGUUACUGCCCUUGAUGAAUCGAUCGCCGUGACACUCAUGUCUACUGACACAGAGCUCAUCUGCCGGAGCUUUGUUACCCUGCACGAAGUCUGGGCAUCGCCCAUAGAGUGCGGAGUGGCCUUGUAUUUACUAUACACGCAGCUCGGCCUUGCCUUCCUAGCUCCCAUGAUAGUGUCCAUCAUCGCUACUGUGGCUAUCAUGCAGCUUGCAAACUACAUCGGCAACGCUCAAAAGAAAUGGGUCCGCGGUGUUCAGACCCGGGUGGACGUCACAGCGUCUAUGCUGGGAUCGAUGAAAGAAGUCAAAAUGCUCGCCUUUUCGGAUACUCUAGCCGAUAUGGUUCAAAACCUUCGUGUGAAGGAGCUCAAGCUUUCAAAGGCCUAUCGCAAGCUUCUGUGUCUCCGAGUUCUUCUCGGAAGCAGCACUCAGACCAUCGCUCCAUUGGCCACCUUUGCGACCUUUGUUAUUAUUUCCCAGAGCACAGGCCGGCCUCUAGAUGUGCCUUCAGCUUAUACAUCGCUUUCCCUGAUACACCUCUUGUCGGAACCCAUGGUUACCGUCAUCCGCACCAUCCCAAUGGUCAGCUCUGCUCUGGCCUGCUUUGACCGGAUUCGAAAGUUCCUGCUGUCGGAGAGCUGUAACGAUCACCGAUUGCCCAUGAACCAGGGUGACAGCCCAGUGGAAGGCACUUCACCCGAAGGAAGCAUUACCCCUACUGAGGGUGAUGUAGCACCAAGAGAGCUGCAAGAACUCAAGGAGGAGAAUAGCCUGCAGCCUGGAGCGCCGCUGAUGGCAAUAUCAAAUGCCAGCUUCGGCUGGGUGAACGGAGAGCCACCCAUCUUGGACAACAUCUCUUGCACCAUCCCCAAGUCUCGGUUCACCUUCAUUGUCGGGAAUGUGGGCUCGGGCAAAAGCACGCUGAUGAAAGCGUUGCUGGGGGAAAUAAAACCAUCCAAGGGAUACGUGUACACUGCUGCCCGCAAGAUUGCGUUUGUCAGUCAACACGCCUGGAUCCAAAAUUUGACGAUACGGCAAAACAUCUUAGGCGUGUCGACCUACGACGAAGGUUGGUAUAACAGAGUGGUCUACGCGUGUGCAUUGGAGCAAGAUCUCGCAGAACUUCCAGACAAGGAUGCGACCAAGGCCGGCAGCGGCGGCGUUUCGCUCAGCGGCGGACAAAAACAACGAGUUGCCCUCGCUCGUGCCGUUUAUUCCAGGCAAAAGGUAGUCUUCCUAGAUGACGUCUUCGCCGGACAAGAUGCUGCGACGGAAGAGCACAUCCAUCAAAACCUGUUUGCUGAGAAGGGACUCUUCCGAGAGAUGGGCACGACUGUGGUCUGUAUCACGAACGCGAUUCAUCGGCUUUCAUACGCGGACCAUGUCAUCGCCCUAGAUGAGAGAGGGUGCAUCUUGCAUGAGGGAACUUUCGAACAACUCCAAACGGCUACGGACUACCUCCUGGGACUGAGUACAAAACAAAACGGCUCCACUAUUGCCACUGGGGAUAGGGCUGAGCAGCAGACAGCCAAGCGUGCAACGGCACCGGGUCCGUCUAAUCCCAAGGACGAGAAGGAACCCAAGUCGUCCACACGGUUUCUGGGAGAGUUUGCCACAUACAGAUACUACUUCGGCUCUGUCCCGCGCUGGUACCCGUUUGUAUCCGCCGCCUUCAUUAUCCUCUACGGAGGGGCCUUGAAAUCGACAGAGUUAUUGCUCAGCUUCUGGACCGGCCAUGUCGGUGCUGCAGUUGCUGAGCAGACGUCCGACAACACCAAAAACAGCUUCUAUCUCGGGAUCUACGGAAUGCUUUCUGGUCUUGCCAUGAUUGGCAUUGUGGGGGCCGCGUACUUCUUCCUUAUCAUCAUGGUUCCUCGGAGUUCUGAGGUGCUCCAUGCUCGGCUGCUGACAUCCGUCAUGGCUGCCCCUCUGGCCUUCUUCUCCAAGACGGACGUUGGAGUCGUAACGAACCGCUUCAGCCAAGAUAUGUCAGUCAUCGACACGGAAUUGCCGUUUGCCAUGAUCGACUUCUCCAUCAACUUGACCAUCACCCUGUUCGCCGCGGUUCUCAUGUGCGUCUUUUCAGGCUACUUCGCUGCGACCUUGGUGCCCCUGAUUCUCUUCUGUUGGGCGCUCCAAAAGUUCUACCUCAAGACCUCCCGCCAGAUGCGCAUCCUCGAUCUCGAGGCGAAGUCCCCCCUCUUCACCCAGUUCCUUGACUUGCUCCAGGGCCUGUCAAAUGUCAGGGCGUUUGCCUGGCAAGCUGCAUUCAGGGAGAGAUACCUGGAGCUUCUCGAUGCCUCCCAGCGCCCCUAUUACCUCCUCUUUUGCGUCCAACGGUGGCUGGCCUUCGUCCUAGACGUGCUAGUUGCCGUCCUAGCAACCGUCAUCAUGAUCUUGGUCGUCACACUCCGCUCGCAAUUUUCAUCCCAGUUCGUCGCCCUGGCCCUACUCAACGUCACUUCCUUCAGCCAGUUCCUCGCGCUAGUCAUACAAGGCUGGACGCAGCUAGAAACGUCCUUCGGCGCGGUCGCGCGCGUCCAAGAAUUCUGUAGCGCCACCGAAAAUGAAAACCGGCCCACGGAAACAUCCCCAGCGCCGGAACACUGGCCUUCGCGUGGUCAUGUUGCCCUCGAGAACCUGACCGCCUCGUACGCCGUGGGUGCCGCGCCUGUUCUGCACGGCGUCACCCUUGACAUACCCGCCGGCACUAAGGUCGGCAUCUGCGGCCGCAGCGGCAGCGGCAAGAGUUCCCUCGUAGCAUGUUUGCUCCGGAUGCUGGAGAUUAGCUCGAACUCGCAUAUACGAUUCGACGGCAUCGAUAUCUCCACCCUCCCGCGGCAGGCCGUGCGCGCGGCGGUGGCCGUCGUCCCACAGCACCCGUUCCUCUUGCGCAUGACCAGCAUUCGCGACAACCUCGUUCCGCGGCGCGAUGAGCAGCAGCAGCAGCAGCACAGCGACGGCAAAAUACUCUCUGUGCUCAGUCGUCUGAAUAUGAGGGACGUCGUAGAGCGAAUGGGCGGCCUCGACAGCCCACUCGACUUGGAUCGGCUGUCACAGGGCCAGCGCCAGCUGCUGUGCCUUGCAAGAGCGGUGCUAGCGAACAAGAAGAUUGUCCUGCUCGACGAGGCAAAUAGCAAUGUGGACGAGAGGUCGGAGCGGCUGAUGCGGGAGGUGAUUCGCGACGAGUUUGCCGGCUGCACCGUCAUUGCCAUUGUCCAUCGUCUUGGGGCUGUGACCGAUUUUGAUCGGAUUGCUGUUAUAGACAGUGGUCGUGUCGUGGAGUGGGACAGCCCCAAAGCACUGCUGGAGCGGGACAGCGAGUUCAAGAGGCUGUGGGAUCUUGGGUCGAGCUAGGUUGGAUGUCGUGGAGAGAGACCAUCUCUCGCGGGAGAGGUACCGGGUUUCAAGUUUAUUCCCCCGCCCCCCCCAAAAAGGCUCUGUACACGGUGUACUGUGUAUUGCGAGGGGGUCACCUAAUUAGGGAGGUGAAGUGUAAGAGAUUUGGCCACCAGUCUCCACUACAGUAUGCACCUGACGCGGAUGUAGCUGGUGGCUCCGAGCGGCGCAGAUAAAUUAACUUAACCGCGAUGGCAACUGCAGUUCAUUGCAUCGUACGUCUGACAUGAUCCACUAAUGGGACUACGUUCUAG